AUGUAUUGGUCACGAUUCCUGUCCAUUCACGCCCUCUGGGUUACCGUGUCGUCGGUGAUGCAGCCCUACCCCCUGGUGUGGGGACAUUACGAUUUGUGCAAGACCCAGAUCUACACGGAAGAAGGCAAAGUGUGGGAUUACAUGGCCUGUCAGCCGGAAUCUACGGACAUGACCAAGUACCUGAAAGUGAAGCUGGACCCUCCAGACAUCACGUGCGGAGAUCCUCCUGAGACGUUCUGCGCGAUGGGCAACCCCUACAUGUGCAACAACGAGUGCGACGCCAGCACCCCGGAGCUGGCGCACCCCCCGGAGCUGAUGUUCGACUUCGAGGGGAGGCACCCGUCCACCUUCUGGCAGUCGGCCACCUGGAAGGACUACCCCAAGCCCCUGCAGGUGAACAUCACCCUGUCCUGGAGCAAGACCAUCGAGCUCACGGACAACAUCGUCAUCACCUUUGAGUCGGGGCGCCCGGACCAGAUGAUCCUGGAGAAGUCCCUGGACUACGGGCGCACCUGGCAGCCCUACCAGUACUACGCCACGGACUGCCUGGACGCCUUCCACAUGGACCCCAAGUCCGUGAAGGACCUGUCGCAGCACACGGUGCUGGAGAUCAUCUGCACCGAGGAGUACUCCACGGGCUACACGACCAACAGCAAGAUCAUCCACUUCGAGAUCAAGGACCGGUUCGCCUUCUUCGCCGGGCCCUGGCUGCGCAACAUGGCCUCCCUCUACGGCCAGCUGGACACCACCAAGAAGCUCCGAGACUUCUUCACGGUCACGGACCUGAGGCUCCGGCUGCUGCGGCCGGCCGUCGGGGAGAUCUUCGUGGACGAGCUGCACCUGGCGCGCUACUUCUACGCCAUCUCGGACAUCAAGGUGCACGGCAGGUGCAAAUGUAACCUCCACGCCACCGUGUGCGUGUACGACAACAGCAAGCUGGCCUGUGAGUGUGAGCACAACACAACGGGGCCCGACUGCGGGAAGUGCAAGAAGAACUACCAGGGCCGGCCAUGGAGCCCGGGCUCCUACCUCCCCAUCCCCAAGGGCACCGCCAACACCUGUAUCCCCAGUAUUUCCAGUAUCGGUACCAACGUGUGCGACAACGAGCUGCUGCACUGCCAGAACGGGGGCACCUGCCACAACCACGCGCGCUGCCAGUGCCCCGCCGCCUACACCGGCGUCCUGUGCGAGAAGCGGCGCUGCGAGGAGGCGGGCGGCUGCGGGGCGCGCUCGGGCCAGGGGGCGCCCCCGCGCGGCCGCGCGGCGCUGCUGCUGCUGCUGCUGCUGCUGCCGCUGCUGCCGCCCCCCGCGACCCCGACCCCGACCCCGACCGCGCUGCUCGCCAUCUAG